AUUUUCUCUUAAUAAGAUAACUAUCGUAUCCAAGAUAUGAUAGUAAUGAACAACAUAAAAUGCGUUGUAUCAUCCACAGCACAGUUUGAUAUUGCAACUAUGGCGCGAACGGCGGCCAUAUUGGUUCUCUUUGUCGGCUUGGCUGCGGCCUACCCCGCGAACGACCCGAUCCUCGGCAAAUGGUCACCAGGUCUCCGCUACGACUACAUGGAAGAUGACAGCGGCUCAGUCCAUCUGGUCGACAACUGGCUCAAGCUGAGCGACUAUGAGAGACUCGCGAGAUAUAACCCUGACGCUUCUAAUAGAUACCAUUUGUUUACUAGACAGAACCCCUCAAUAAGCCAGCCCCUAGUCCUGAACAAUGCUGGCACGGUGACCUCUUCUAACUUCAACGCGCGUCGCCGUACUAUCGUACUGAUGCACGGCUUCGCUGGCUCCGUCACCUCAGGGUUCAAUACCGUGCUGGUUCCAGCAUUCCUGGCGGCUGGUGACGUGAACGUGAUAGUUCUAGACUGGAGCGCCGGCUCCGCGUGGGGACCCCGCGCCAUCCAAGCUGGUCAAGCCGCCGGCCGCUUCAUAACCUGGCUGAACCGCAUCACCGGAGCCACUCCUAACACCUACCACAUCGUAGGAUACAGUGUCGGAGGUCAUGGAGCUGGUAUCAUGGCCAGAACUGUCUCUGGCAAUGUGGGGUAUGUUACUGGUUGCGACCCCGCUGACCGUUGGGACACGGCCUGGCUGUUCCGUCCCUCUGAUGGCCUCUACACAGAGGUCAUCCACACCAAUGGCGGGGACAUUGGGUACCUCAACCCCCUGGCUCACGUGGACUUCUACCCCAACGGGGGUAGGACCAUGCCGGGGUGCAUGACCUCGCUGUGUCAUCAUUAUAGGUCAUACUACUACCUAGGAGAAUCACUACGUACUGGAGGCUUCACCGGCAGACGUUGUGCGAACCUCAACCAAGCGUUAUCUGGUACCUGUAAUGCCAGUGGCACCUUGAGAUUGGGUGGUCUGGAGCCUAAGACUGGAAAUUCUGGAAUAUUCCACCUGGUGACAAACCCACUGGCUCCAUUCUCUCGCGGAUAAACAAACCUGUGAUUUAUUUACUAACGACGGCUUUCAAUAACCUAUCUAUCUUUUUUUGCCUUCCUAGAGAUAGAAAGUUGACAUUAGCCCCAGCGGGGUCCAGUAGGGCCAAGGAGUGCCGGGGCUGCGGGUGGUUUGAAAGAGUUACCGCGGCCCUGGUACAUAAAAGGCCUACGACGGAACACGACCGUGUUUAGUCAGUAAGGGUCUGACACUCCCUCACCGCUGCUAACCCACAGCGGGAGGGGUCAUUU